AUGAGGAAAUUGUGCACUUUUCAGGUGAAUGAAAAACCAUGCCUUAUGAUCUUACUCCUUGACGACUUCCACAAUAUUCACGUCAUACGCCAACCAGACACUACUACCACUAGUCAAGCUGUACAUAUGGCUUCAUGUCUUGUGGAUGUCCACGACACUUUACCAGCCAUUAGAAUUCCUGAUGCUACAAAUGUGAAACUGCACAGAGAAGUCUUGGUAACUUGUGGAACCGAACAACGAAUGUGCAGAGGAGGAAUCUGUGUUGAGACAGUGCUGAAAGUUCUGGAGAAAUUCAUGACGGAUUACCACCACUCAUAUCUGGAAUCACUUCCUGCCAAGUGUAAAGAAUUUGACUCAACUGCAGCAAAAGCAUGCCUACAAGAACUCAGGUAGAUUAUCAAAUUAAAGCUCCCCCAAAAAAUCAGUUGCUAAUACUUCUAUUGUACAGGCUCCAGUUGUUCAAGAAAUGGUUAGCACUAUACACUAGAUAAAUCUGACACUAUCAAAAUGUAGUAGAUUCAUAUCAGGGAAACUAAUUAUUGGCCUACCCAGUGGACUGCAAUAGUAUUUAUCCCAUGGAUAGCUAUCAUCUGAGAUGGCACAAUAUGGAUAGUGUAUCUCCCUAUCUAUUCAAGCUAUCAUAUUUUUUCUCUUUCUUAGGGUGUACACUGGAGGUGCAGAUAAAAGUGAUUUUGAUUCAAUGAGCAGUGUUCUACUAAUUGAUGAAAUGGAGUCAAAACUAAGAUCUACUAACGAUGUCAAGGAAAUCAUUAACCACAUAAUGACAGAGCAUACCAUUAUCAAUAGCUACCUGCAAAAGCAUGUAAUGUUGUUGCCUGGAGACUGGGGGGUUUGGUACAACUUAAAGAAACUAAUCUGCACUGAAGCCAAUCACUUACCACAGUCGCAUCUGUCUAUUGUUCCUCUAGUUGGCCAGUUCCAUGUUGCUUACAAUGCAACCAUGGACACAAUCCAGUUGUUUCACUUUAUCCAUGAAGAAGUUGGCAAGCAUGUUUUCGGACCCCACUACCGUCUGGCAAAGAAACCAAAGCCAUUCCGCUGGUCCCUGCAUGUCACCCUCAUUCACGGUGGUUGGCUUCUUGUAAGAGAUGAUAUCUUAAACAAAUUCAAAGGCUGCAAGUGUCCAGAGUAUCUUAUGAUGAUACAUCUCUUAGAAGAAGUCAACCCACUUGUCUUCUUUCACUAUCCAGUAAUAUUCAGAUCUGGAAACUACAACGCUUUACACUCCUCAAUGAUGCGCCUCACACUUUUCUUCAUCUACAUGGAACGCCACCACUACAACAAGUCAUCCCUCAGCUGGAUAAGUGAUGAAGAAUACUUGAAACAGCAGCUUCCUGACUACAGAACCCUUCUUUCAAGUCACAGCAAUGUCAUCACUGAAAAGAAGGUGGAGAUCCAUCAUUCACCUCUUCGCCAACACACUACUUCCCAAAGCACAGCAACACAAAUCCAGCAAGUGGCUCGCAUCCUAAAUGGUCAAAAGUAUAAAGGCACAUUUUGUCAAGAAUAUGUAAAUCCUUAUCAGAGGGGAAACAGUGAAAAAGAUCUUACAUAUUUAAUUGGUAAGAUUCAUUUUCUUAUUAUUUUUUGUGCCUUUCAUCACCAAUAAUUUGAGUUCUACAUAAAAAUAUUUUUAUGAACUAUACUUAUUGAGUGUCCUCCUAAAAUAGUGGACAAAUAUAGUAGUGUAUACAAUAGUACUACCGAUAUAUUACUAAAUUAUCAUACAGGUUAUUUCUAGCUUUAACAACCAAUUACAUGUAUUACCAUACGACCUAAACCUCAGGACCACAAACUAAUCACCAUUGAUGUUUGCAGUUUAGUUUUCUCACACCUUAUCAGCUUUUUCCUUGCAACACAAUAACAUUCCACAUAUUUGGUCUUCACAGUUUUUUGAAAUUCACAGUAAUGCUCCCUGGGUCAGUUUUUAUUCAUUUUCAAUUUAAAGGAUAUUGAUUGUCAAUGUUUUGUGCCAUUUACAUCCUAGGUUUGACUGCUGAAUACCUGGUCAACAAAUUUGAAAAAAUUGCACAAAACAAGUCCACUAACCACAUCAGUGGAAAUGGCACAAAUGCAAGGUUCAAGCUCCCAAGCUUUGGCACAGAAGUUGAUCGUAAGUGCAUGCCAUUGGGGUUCAGAUGGGGCAGGAACUCAAUGCCAGAUGACACACUUGAGUGUGACCUUGCCACCUGCAGUCUCACCGAAAGCAGUCCUGUCCAACUGCUAGCAUGUGGCCACAGUUUUCAUGCUGAGUGUUUGAAAAAUGAUGGACAGCUGCUACCAUGUCACCUCUGCUGGCCUAAAUUAAAGAAAGAAGUUACAAAACUUGCGAACAGCUGGAACAAGGGUAUCCUCCAUCCCCAGGAAUCCACACCUUCAAGAGAGCUACCAGAAAACCCGACCAACACAGAUUCAAGGACUGAGGAUGUCCCGAACGUAGCAACUAGAGAAAGGGGGUAUUACCUCUCAGAUUCUCUAUCUGAUGAUCUAAAAAACAAAAUACAAUCAUUCAUA